GUGGGGCCCACCACGCAGAGAGAGAUGUCUCGCUCGUGCCGCGUGUAGGUGUGGCCGUUUCACUGCUCCCGAAAUCCAGCUCCGCCUCGCCUCGAUCCCCAAAUCACCUCCACCUCCGCCGGAGACGGCGCCCCUCCGCUCCGGCAGGCAUGGCCUCCUCCGGUGGCUCGGCCGGCCGCGAACCCUACGACGAGGAGGCCGCCGCGGCCCCACGCCGCCCGCUCGAGCUCGACGGCCGCGGGGACGCCUCCUCCGACCACCACCGCUCGGGAUUCAUUCCUAGAUAUCAGGUGGGCUCAAGUAAAGUUGAUACAGGUGACAGAUACUUUGAUGAGUGGCAAAAAAAGCUGUCCAAUACAGAUGAUGUCCGCAAGAGCAAGUCUGGGUCAAGAUACUUCACAGUCUCUGGGGUGGAUCUGUCCCCUGAUAAUCUGGCAGUUGCAACCGUGUAUUUUGUGCAAGGGGUUUUAGGCCUUGCUCGACUUGCUGUCAACUUUUACUUAAAAGAUGAUCUUCAUCUUGAUCCUGCCGAGACUGCAGUUAUAUCUGGUUUCUCAUCCUUACCAUGGUUGAUCAAGCCUCUGUAUGGCUUUAUCAGUGAUUCCAUCCCACUCUUUGGAUAUCGACGAAGGUCAUACCUUAUUCUGUCAGGAUUCCUUGGUGCUCUUUCAUGGAGUUUGAUGGCUACUGUGGUGGAUAGUAAAUAUGGUGCAGCAUUCUCUAUUCUGCUGGGAUCACUUUCUGUUGCCUUCUCAGACGUUGUGGUAGAUUCUAUGGUUGUUGAGAGAGCUCGUGGUGAAUCACAGAGUACAUCUGGAUCUCUCCAGUCACUAUGUUGGGGAUCCUCAGCAUUUGGAGGAAUAGUGAGUGCAUAUUUCAGCGGCUCGCUCGUGGAUACCUAUGGAGUAAGGUUUGUCUUUGGUGUUACAGCUUUUUUACCCCUGCUGACAUCUGCUGUUGCAGUUCUUGUCAAUGAACACCGUCUAUCUUCAGGGGAACGUGCUAUGUCCCACUCUGGUUCAGGAUUUGUUGAGACCUCUAAGCAGCAUGUCAGGCAGCUUUGGAGUUCAGUAAAGCAACCUAACAUUUUCUUGCCUACCAUGUUUAUAUUCCUCUGGCAAGCAACACCUAAAUCUGAUUCAGCCAUGUUUUUUUUCAUCACGAAUAAGCUCGGGUUCACGCCAGAAUUUCUAGGGCGUGUAAAGCUUGUUACAUCUAUUGCUUCGUUGCUUGGUGUUGGACUUUAUAACUAUUUUCUAAAAGCGGUCCCUCUAAGGAAAAUCUUCCUGGUGACAACUAUCAUAGGUUCAGCCCUUGGAAUGACACAGGUUCUUCUUGUUACUGGGCUUAAUCGACAGUUUGGAAUCAGUGAUGAAUGGUUCUCUAUUGGGGAUUCGUUAAUCAUUACGGUCCUAAGUCAGGCUUCAUUUAUGCCAGUUUUGGUGUUAGCAGCUAAAUUGUGUCCACCAGGAAUGGAAGCAACUCUGUUUGCCACUUUGAUGUCCAUCUCUAAUGCUGGAAGUGUUAGUGGUGGUCUAGUUGGUGCUGGUCUAACUCAGCUUUUUGGAGUCACUAAGGACAGCUUUAAGAAUCUACCUCUCUUGAUUGUCAUCUGCAAUCUCAGCGCGCUCCUGCCUCUGCCUCUUCUAGGUCUCCUUCCAGAGGAAUCAGGUAAUGCAGAUCAGGGAGAAACAAAACAUAAUUGACUUGAGGAUUUCUCUUCAUGUUCUAGCUCUCGCCGUCGGCGUCUCGUCCACCGCGCAGACGACGAGGGCGCUCGUGGCGUUCGCGCUCGUCGUGGCCGCCUCCUCCAUGUCCCAAGAUACAGUCCAUCGUCUUGGAGUUGAAUGAAUCUGUCAAUCAGGUCAAACUUUUUUAAGUCUGACCAUUAACUUGUGCACUAGUAGCCUGGUACCAUGAUUCAAGAUUAUCAGAGAAUGAGCUCCAAUGCUAAAGAUACAGGUACAUCAUAUGUUUCUCCAUUUCAAUUUUAUCGUUUAGCACGUAUAGCAAAAUCUAAUUUACAACGUGUCCAUGUGUACUGAGCAAGUGUUGUAACUUUUGUACACUUUAUGUUGCUGAUUUAACCCCAUGAAAAAUAGAUGAGGGUUAGCAAUUGUAGUUAAACUAUCAAUUCCUUAAGAAUGCGAAUGUACUAUGCCAAAAAAAUUCAAUAUUAUAUCCCGCGAGAAGUCGUGUGAAAUUGUGAUACAAUAUCAGACUUUGCUAAUAUCCUUUUAGCAAGUGAAAGAGAUGCAUUCCGUUGGGCCCAAAACAAUAAGGAUUCCCAAGCACAUGUAUGGAAAGAGGUACAAAGACAAUAGAAAUGUAGCAUGUAUUACAACUUCACUGACUAGUUUUUGCCUUGGUGACAACACGGUUCUUUUGAAACUGUAAUUCCUUUGACCUCUGUUCUGAGGUUAGCAUGAAAUGAGGCUCCAAUUUAUUGUCAACUGAAUACAAGAUAAUUUUAUGUUUACCAUUACGAACUGUUAACCUAAAAGCUUCAUGACAUUUUCCCUUUCUAUAUAUGUUGUGUCUCUACUUUAUCUGCACUUCCAACGAACUGGCAUCGGUUGACUUG